GGUACGGUAGAAUCUGUAUGUACUAGUUUACAGACGUAUCUGGUCGCAGCGGACUCAAUUUAUUACCCUCGCGGAAAGUUUACUGUAGACGCCUGUGAUGAGAAAAAGACUGUACCCGUUGGUAUACUGAUUACAUGCGAGCAAGUUUUGGACGUAUGCUGGAAGUUUUUAUGCCAGUACACCUAUUCGGUCACCCGACGUGCUGCGGGUUUGUGGCCCGCGGUGAAAGCAGCCCUUUUGGCGGAGCGGGCACGCGGUUCGCGAAAUAUGCCGAACCUGCUAAUCAACUGGCUUCGACGUUUGCUCCGACUGGCGUCCGUCAAUUCGAACGGAGUGACGUGCACAGCAUGCGGUGAGGAGAAGGCUGAUUCGCCACGCACACUAGCUUUGCACAUUCUGCGUGGCAUGGUCGCUGACGCAAGCUUGCGUGCUCACAUUCAGCUGAUUCCGUCUGCGGAUGACGAUCCAAAUCAGUCCACGUAUUCUUUCGCGGUUGAAGCCAUUUGCCAGGCUGUGCUACCGGGAUUUAUGUCCCCUGAAUGGACGAUAUCUAAUGCAGCAUUACAGUUGCACAGUGCACUGGUCCUCCGUUUGACUGGGUCCAAUUCCGGUCGACCCGCUCCGUCCGCUUCUGUGGUGUUUGACGUGCACAAACCGCUGUUGGAAAUGUGCGUGGAUCGGUUGGAAUGGGUGCAACGCAGUGGUCAGGAUUCUGUCUGGACAACGACUCAGUUAUUGCCACUUCUGACCCUCUUGGUUCGAAUGGCUCCUUCAUCCGGUGCGAAACUGUUUAACUGGUCAGUCGCUUUCAACCUAGUUGAACACCUCUUGAUCGGUCCAACGGUUGGUCCUGGCACGUGGUUUCUCGCGUCACGACUGUGCGAUCUAAUGACUGUGGUGAUUUCGGCUGCCGUGGAUCAUUCCGACUGGGAUUCUACUCUUCGUUCGACAGCACGUGAGUGGUUCGUGGACAAACUUUCGCGGUUUUGUUCUACCCCACAUGACCAGCCUUUCUAUGUGGAUGCCGUAGUCGCAUUGGUGCAUUUCGUCUACCACGUCUGUCCAUCGAUUCUGGUUCACAAUCCCAUCAUCCUGGUAAAUUGGGCUCCUCGAUUGGUUCAUCGGCUGUUGGGUGCUCUGACCGAUACAGAUCGCCCGCAAUACUUGGCGCUGUUUGCUAAUACUUCUGUACAAUACUGGCUUCUUGGUAUCCAUCAUCCCACCACAAACAUGCUACUGUCAUGGCGAGUGGUACAGGUCUGGGCGUUUGUCAUACAAAAUCGCUUGAUGCAAACAGGUGAUAUUGAAGUCCAUUUAAACGAUGAUCAGCGUCAUAAGGCGAUAAGUUCGUUACGAGCCAUCCUUAAUGUGGAAGAUGUGGGAUCAUCGGACGCUGGGAACAGGGCGAAUGCGCUUUUAUGCGAGGCGGUUUGUUUAUCUGUGACCGAUUCAUCUCAUUCGUUUUAUUUGGACCGAUGGUUCGAUCAGUUGACAGACUGCUUACACCCAUCUUCGCCGGACUCUGCUCGCCUCAUCGCAUCCGAAGCUGUAUAUGCGUGGUUGAGUUCAUUCCAGAAAGCACAAACUCCGGAGAAGUCCCCAUCCUCAGUUCAGCAAUUGUUAUGCACCAUGACGCCGCUAGAACGACAGAAAUUCCUCAGCCUUCUUUUUCUCGGUAUAUUCGACGAAUGUGCUGAGGGGUUUUUGGAAGGUCUUCCGUCGCCGUUUCGUCUGAUUCACCCGGGGUUAACAGCCAUGUACGGCAAACCUGUCGCACCUCUAUUCUCGGUUCACCUUCUCCUGGAAAGGCUUCUUCCCUUCCUGUUCUCAGAUCGAGACAGUAAGGAGGAAGUUAGCGGUUGGCUACAAGCGGAAUGGAAGCGAGUAAUGCAUGGUCUAAAUAGGCGUCUGAUUGAAGAAGCAAUGAUGCGUGAACGGUGA